AUGUCCGAGCUUGCGUAUACCCCCAUUGACGAAAUUGAAAAGAUUCAUGCGGAACUUCGCGCAGGUUUCCGCUCGGGAAAGCUCAGACCGAUAGAGUACCGCAAGUACCAACUUCUCCAGCUUAUAUAUCUUAUCAAGGACAACGCGGACCGCUUCGAGGAGGCGCUCAAGUUGGAUUUGGGUAGGCCAGCCCUUGAAAGCCGGUUCCUGGAGAUCAAUGCUGCAAUCAGCGAAACCUAUGCGGCCUACAAAGGUGUAGACACAUGGGCGAAACCGGAGAAGCCACCGUUCAACUUGAAUUUUGCCCCCAUGAAGCCUGUCAUGUACAAAACGCCCAAGGGCGUCGUGCUUAUUAUCAGCCCGUUUAACUACCCUCUGUGGUUGGUUGCGACUCCUUUGGCAGGAGCGCUGGCGGCGGGGAACGCAGCUCUGCUCAAGCUAUCUGAGUCAACUCCGGCAACUAGUUCUCUUCUCGCAGAACUCGUACCUAAGUACUUGGACCCGAGCCUUGUGCGAGUUGUCAACGGUGCUAUUCCAGAGACGACUAAGGUCCUUGAACUGCCCUGGGAUCACAUCCUUUAUACUGGUGGAGGACGCGUCGGACGCAUUGUCGCCACUGCUGCCGCCAAGCAUCUCACCCCUGUCACUCUCGAGCUAGGCGGUAAAUCCCCCGUCAUCAUUGACCCGAAAUGUGAUGUGAAAACGGCGGCCAAACGUAUCUUGUGGGGAAAGGUUGUCAACUCCGGUCAAACCUGUGUCGCUCCGGACUACGUCCUCGUCCCACGAGCGUUCCAAGAAACCUUUGUUCAGGCUUUGAAGGAAACAUACGAAUCUUUCUACCCCGAGUCUGCCAAGGCCCCUGACGCGUAUUCACGCAUCGUGACGCCCCAAGCCUUUAACAGAGUGAAAUCCCUUUUGGACAACACCAAGGGUGAAAUCGUAUUCGGAGGCGAGACGGAUGCGGCGACCAAGUUCAUUGCGCCUACUGUUAUCAAGAACGUUUCUGCGGAUGAUUCUCUUAUGAGUGAAGAAGUCUUUGGGCCGUUGUUGCCAAUCGUCCCUGUGGAGGAUGUGGACGAGGCCAUCAGAUAUGUGAAUGAGCAUGACCACCCGCUGGCGUUAUAUGUAUUUUCCCAAGAUGCUGCAUUCAAGGCCAAGGUUUUCGAGAACACGCAGAGUGGUGCAUGCGUUGCUAACGAGUGUCUUCUUCACCUUGGUGCUGACGGGCUACCUUUCGGCGGUGUUGGCCCAAGCGGAAGUGGUGCACACACGGGAAAGUUUGGCUUUGACACCUUCACGCAUGUCCGGGCAUCCUUGGAUUCACCCAGCUGGAUUGACAUACUUCUCAAGUUCCGAUACCCCCCUUAUAACGGCGACAAACUGAAAAAAACAGGCUUGCUUUUGCCAGGUGUGCCAGCCCGGCCCACUGGUCCUCCUGCGGCGUUUGUCACUUCUAAAUGGUGGGGCAAAUGGUUUCUUUUUGCGUUGGUUGCUGCUAUCGCUGGUGGGCUGACGAACCGCGCUAAGAUUCUUGGUGGUGCUUCCCGGGCAAGUGGAUAGUUUAUUUCAGAUGGGCUAAGACGGACUGGAAGGAAUAAAGGGUUUUGAUCUGUCGAACAUAAGAAUUCGAAUCUGUGCUUAUUUACAAUUUUAUUUUUAUGUUAUUGCU